AUGGCCCCUAGCAUGUGGUAGGUAUCUGUUAAAAAAGUAUCCUGUGAAAUAUCUCAUCUUGCACUAGAAACCCUGUGACUUCCAGGGGGUGCAGGUGCACCAUUGCUCCUGACUGACUGUCCCUUUCCUUAGGGGACCCAGCGGCAGAAACCCAUGAUGUCGAGUAAAGCAAGACGUGAGGCUGUCCAACCCCGGGGGUAUCCUGGCAGCUUCCCAGGCAUGAGGGUCGUUUACGAGUGCAACCCAGAGGCAGAUGUGAUUGCAGAGAUUGGCCUGGAAGAGCUCAGUGGACUGGAGAUUGAAGUCAUGAGAAAGCAGAUGUAUAUGAUCACUGAGCGUCUGUGUGCCCUGGAGGACCAAGUCACCACCUGGCGUUACAGGGGAGCUGCAUUCCUCACCAUGCUGGUGUCGAUCUGUGCGGUCAACCUGUGGCAGUGGCUGCGCCGCUAAUGCUUCACGCAGCACACUGCUGCCAGAGCCCUCUCUUCCUCCCCCCUCUUCCCUUUUCUCCCUGGGCCACCCCUGCCCAUCCUCCUUCAGUCACCUGGCAGCCCUGCCUGCAGUGGCAGGGCCAUUUUCCAACUCUGGGGACACCCUAGCUGCUGGGAGAUGAAGGAGGUGUGCCCAUUGGAAGGUCUGCAUGGGCUGAGCUGCAGCCCCUUUGGAGGGUGAGGUGGGUGGCAUCUGACCUCUGCAGUAACACCAGUGGCAGGCGCUUCUUGCCUUCCCAUCUGGGCUCCACGGUGACCCUCUUGUCCUUUCUGUUCCAUCCUAUGUGGCAGGGGCUUGGCUACAUUUUCCCGCUUUCUUCCAUGUUGUA